AUGGCAGAAGAAGGAGAUAUGCAUGAAUACACAUUCGAGGAAAGACUUGCUUGUCUUGAAGGCAAGUCCGAACAGUGGGCUAUGCUUGAAGAAAGGCUGCCCAAACUCGAGGAUAUUGUAAUAAAACAAGCCGACCAAAUAGAGAGGCUUGUCGCUACUGUGGAUGGGUUAACGGAGCAACUUAACUUCGUGCAAGGCGUCGCUGAUAAAGCACAAGAUAAAUGUGCAACCUUAAUGCGUGCUCAGAGAGGGCUCGGGGGAAGUGGAGGUGCCAAGAUAAAACCUCCCAAGCCCCGGACCUUCAAUGGCACGAGAGAUUCAAAAGAAGUCGAUAAUUUCAUUUUCGACAUGGAGCAAUACUUUCGGGUCUGUCAGUUGGAGAAUGAGUUAAAAGUUGAUACCGCCACUAUGUAUUUGGUGGAUGAUGCAAAGCUGUGGUGGCGCACCAAGUACGCUGACAUCCAAGCUAAGAGGACGUCGAUGGAUACUUGGGAGGAUCUGAAGAAAGAGCUGAUGGCCCAAUUUUAUCCCGAGAAUACCGAGUUUGUUGCUCGCACCAAGCUCGCUGCUUUGCAGCAUAAGGGUUCCAUCCGGGAGUAUGUCAAAGAGUUUUCAGCGUGCAUGUUGGAGAUCCACAAUAUGUCCGAGGAAGAUCGCCUAUUCAACUUUGUGCGUGGUCUUAAGGAAUGGGCCCAAAGAGAAAUUAGGCGCCAAAAGAUUGAUACUUUAUCGGGAGCCAUUGCUGCAGCCGAAAGGUUGAUGGACUACUCCUCAGAGAAAGGACAAGGUUUGAAGAAAGGGAAUAGCGGGCCGACACCGAACCCUCCUAGGAACUCCGGACAUGGCUCGCAAGUGAGCUCCAACAACUCGAACAAUAGAUACAAUAGGAGUGGGGGAGAAGACUCUCGGAAGAGUGGAGCUUCUUCCUUCUCUAGUAGAGGAAGCACCCCUAGUUCAUCUUCGGCAGCCAGGCCAUUGACGUGUAUCCUUUGCCGAGGACCGCACAAGUGGUUUGAAUGUCGACACAAGGGAGAAAUUGACAAUCUCCAAAAGAAAUUGUCCUCCAUUUCCUUAGAAAACCCCGAGGGUGAAGAAGCCGAUGAGGUAGAACCUAGUGAAGGAGAACAUUCCAGACUGGGGGCCAUUCGCAUGAUGUGCACUAUGGGAAGAGAAGGCUCUGAGGGCCAACCUAAAAACUCUGGAUUGAUGUAUGUGAAUGCGUUGGUAAACGGAAAGGAAACUCGUGCCAUGGUGGAUACCGGUGCUACCCACAACUUCAUUUCAGAAAAGGAGGCAAAAAGACUUGGGUUGAAGCUCCUACCAGAAGGAGGCAGUAUGAAAGCGGUGAAUUCAGUUGCCAAACCGAUCCACGGCGUUGCCAAAAAAGUAACAAUGAAGCUGGGAGAUUGGAGCGGACAUGUGGACUUUACCGUUGCGCCAAUGGACGACUUCAGCUUGGUGCUCGGCAUGGACUUCUUACACUUUAGUAAGGCAGUCCCGAUGGCGCAUCUUAGAUCUAUUCUGGUGCCCGGGCAGCAACCAUGUCUCCUCCGAACCUGCGAUCCGGGAAAAGAGCCGAAAGGGCCCCUCCUUUCAGCAAUGCAAUUGGAGAAGGGGUUGAAGAGGAACGAGCCCACGUUCCUAGCAACACUUUCCACGAAGGAAGAUGAAGCAAGUGGAGACUUUCCGCCUGCAGUUGCCGAGCUACUAUCAGAGUUCCAGGAUCUCUUCCCGAAAGACCUACCAAAAGUUCUCCCACCUAGAAGGACAGUGGACCAUGAGAUUGAGCUGGUUCCAGGGGCGAAACCCCCAGCACGAAGCCCUUAUCGCAUGGCUCCCCCAGAAUUGGCUGAACUCCGGAAACAAUUGGAGGACUUGCUUGAGGCAGCCUUCAUCUGCCCAUCAAAGGCUCCUUAUGGGGCUCCUGUGCUUUUUCAGAAAAAACAAGAUGGAAGUCUUCGAUUGUGUAUCGACUACCGAGCAUUAAAUAAGGUUACGGUGCGCAAUCACUACCCUAUCCCUUUGGUGGCGGAUUUGUUCGAUCAGUUAGGGGAUGCAGUGUACUUUACAAAGCUAGACUUGAAGUCUGGCUAUCACCAAGUUUGUAUCGCCGAAGGAGAUGAACCAAAAACUGCUUGUGUGACGAGAUACGGGGCAUACGAAUGGCUAGUCAUGCCCUUCGGCUUGACGAAUGCACCUGCUACGUUCUGUACUCUGAUGAACCAAGUAAUGGCAACUACUGCUCAUCUUUACCGUGAUACCUUUACCGAUAUAAAAAUUGAGAUAGAAAAUUCUGCAGAUUUCCCCUUCAAUCGCCGAAUCGUCGUAUCACUUGCUGCAGAUUUCCUCAAUUGUUAUAUUACUGCUUUGAUGAUUGUUUCAGCAGAAGCUUAA